AUCUGAGCGCCUUCCCAUCCUCGUUUCUGGGGAUGGCGUUAACAAGCUCAUGGGAGUCCCACGCUUGCCCAGCGGGAAGGGUGACGAUGUUGCCACCGCGGUUGUCAGCUGCCUGGAGAAUUGGGGCGUCGCCGAACGCGUUGUGGGAAUGUCUUUCGACACUACCGCUUCCAACACCGGCGUGCGCGCCGGAGCUUGUACUUACGUCCAACAGCGACUCGGGCGGAAUCUCCUCCACCUGGCCUGCCGGCACCAUAUUCUUGAGAUCGUGGCCGACAAAACGUUCGGCGCCUGUCUCUUCAAGCUCACCAAGGCGGUGGAGAAGAACUUGGCCCGCUUCGUCGGUCGUCCUCUUCUUGGCGACGCUGGAAGACGCUGCCUCGCUUCGUCAAGCUCCAAGUUUCUCGUGGACGCCCUUGGCCCGUCGGAAUUCUUUGAGGUGGACCCGGCCGAGUGGCCGGAACGCCAGGACUACCAGCUCGCCCGCCGCCGAGCCGAGUCCCUCAAGGUUGUCAACGAUUUUGCCGAACGGGGCGUGGCUCUGAUUCAGAGCUACUGCGCCAUCCUCACGAAGGAUGAGGAACAAAGACAGUUCCUUCUCCAGGUCGUCGAGGAACAUCGACGUCGUUUCCCCGACGUCCGCAAGUCGACACUAGAUGAGUACCUGUGAUUGGGAUU